UCGAUAGCGAUACAGAGGACGGAACAUGGAGGGACUUACACAAGACAUGGUCCCAGGACUCCCAGACUCUUCAAUCCUCAGACCGCCCAUUGCCUUAUUCCAUCACUGGUGCUGCGCUUGGUAUUUGCGCCGCUGAUUCUAGCACCAGAAUCUUCUCUUUUCAGUCCUGGUAGAAUGGAUUCCUCCGCCGCGCAGUCCUCCGUCUCCGGCGACGCCGCCGGCGCGCCGCCCGUGUCGCGCACCAAGGCGCGCAGCGAGAGCAUCUCGCAAAAGUCGGACGACUCACAAACUGCUGCGGACUUUAUUCGGGAACAAAUGCAGCUCGAGGCCGAAGCGCGCGAAGCCUUACCCUACAGCAUUGAUCACUGUACAAAGCCGCUGGGCCCGCUGCGGCAGAGUGUUUUCGCCUGUCUGACCUGCAACCCUCCUCCGGCGAAGCCAUCGGACCCCUACCGUGCUGCCGGUGUCUGCUAUGCCUGCUCCGUCCAGUGCCACGGCCAGCACACUCUCGUUGAAAUCUUCAACAAGCGAAACUUCACUUGUGACUGCGGCACCACGCGCUUCCCCGAGACGAGCCCCUGCAAUCUGCGCUUCAACCCGGCGACGAACACGAAGGGCGGCGUGCACUCCGAGGAGCCGAACCCCAACAACAAGUACAACCAGAACUUUCGGAACCGCUUCUGCGGUUGCGAAUGUGACUACGACCCUUUUCAGCAGAAAGGCACCAUGUUCCAGUGCCUGGGACUCGGGACACACGAGACUGGUGGUUGUGGCGAGGACUGGUGGCACCCGGGGUGCGUUGUCGGCUUGGGCCCGAAGUGGUUCGAGAUUACGCCAACAGGCAAGGUGAAGGAGGAAGUUAAGGAUGGCGAGACAAACGGACCCCUGCCACCCAUCGCGGAAGACGAGGGUGCGACGGAGCUAAACGGCGAGGCGCAUGCUGGGGAAGCAGGAGAGGAGGAUGACAACGACCCGCCACCUCCGCCGGGCUUUCCCGCCGAGGACGAGUUCGAAGGCUUCCUGUGCUACAAGUGCGUGGAUGCUCAUCCCUGGAUUAAGAGAUACGCUGGAACUCCCGGUUUCCUAGCCCCGGUCUUUUUCAAACCGGGUGGCUCCGCUCAAGAGUCCAGUCCAGCGGUCGCGGCGGCUGCCAGUAACGGGCAGCCAAGCGAGGAGCCCUCCAAGAAGCGGAAAGCCGAGGACGAUGAAACCGAUUCCCAGAUCUCCAAGCGCCACAAGAACGAAGACGAACCCACCGGUUCUUCCACACCACCAGCGGACGCUCCCUCCCCGCCAGCCACUGCCACUGACCCCGCCGAAGCGCCCCCCGCCGCCACCUGCAAACUGGCCACCCUCCCUCCCGCCCCGCCCGGCCAAUUCUCCCUCUUCUUCACCGACACCUUCCGCGACCAACUCUGCCACUGCCCGUCGUGCUUCCCCCUCCUCACGCCGCACCCGCAGCUUCUCGAAGAAGAAGAGACGUACGAGCCGCCGGUGUCGGACGAGGGGGCCGGCUCGACCGCCUCGCAGCACGGAGACGGCUCCGCCCGGUCCGCCAGCGGCGGCGGCGGCGGCAGCCUGUACGACCGCGGCGAGUCGGCGCUGCGCACCGUCGACCGCGUGCGCGCCAUCGAGGGCGUCAUGGCCUACCAGCACCUCAAGGACAAGCUGAUGCCCUUCUUCCAGCAGUUCGCCGAGAGCGGGCGCGUCAUCAGCGCCGAGGACGUCAAGGAGUACUUUGCCAAGCUGCGCGGCGACGACCAGGCCAUCCGCGACGCCGCCGAGGCCGCGGCGAGGAAGCGCGGCGGUGGAGGUGGAGGCGGAGGAGGGGAUUACAAGGAGGAGCAGGAGGGUUAUUGAUAUUUUCUUUUUCCUCGCGUUUCCCUUCCCUGGUUGUGUUGCGCCCUUCCCUUUGAGGGUUGAGUCAGGUUUGUUUAUUUCGGGCAUGAUUUAUUUACGCGAAGGUUUCGGAUUAAG